AACUAUAUACAUUAUACCUUAGCCAAUCAAUGUCUUUACAUGCUUCCAUUGUGGUAUUUUUUUAUUUGGACUAGUUUGGUCAAUAGAAGACGAACAAAAAUAGUUAAAAAAAGAUGGAUGAUGAUAUUUCGUUUCCAUUUGAAGAACUUGAAGAAGUUGAAAGUAAUGUCACAAAAAGAUUCUCCUGUCAAAAGUGUGGCCGUCCAGAAAAAGUUUGCGUUUGUUAUACCUUUCCAGAUGCUCCAAUUGAGAUUUCAACCACAGUUCACAUUCUGCAACAUCCUCGAGAACAAGAUAUGAGAUUGUUAACCACUGUACCAUUGCUACGAGAAUGUAUACCAAAGGAUAAAGGUAUCAUAUAUCGUGGUCGUCGCUUUCCAGAAACAAAGUUUAAAACAUUAUAUGAUAUUUUGCGUGACAGCCAAAAUGCUGCAUUGUUAUACCCAUCAUCCGAUGCUGUGACUGUUGAAGAAUAUGCUAGAGAGACAAACUCAGAAGCCAUUGAUUUGUUUGUUCUUGAUGGAACGUGGAGAGAAGCAAAAUCUAUUUACUAUAACUGCAAAUUUCUUCAUUCAAUGCGAAAGGUUAAAUUAGCUGGUCAUUGGAAAAGUGAGUUUGUGAUAAAAACCCAACCUAACAAUGACAGUGUUUCUACAUUGGAAGCUGUAGCUAUUGCACUUGGCCAAAUUGAAAACAAACAAGAAUUAAUUGAGGUUGCACGUAAACCGCUGAAAGCCUUGUGUGACUUUCAGAUAAAUCAUGGAGCGCAAGUUCAUCAAAGCAAGGAAGAACUUGCCAAAUUAGGAAUAAAAUACAAGUGCUUUGAUAAUCGCAAGGAUAUGAUUAAAUGACCACCUGUGGUGAUUGAGUCCGAGUUAGUUUCUGAGCAUGACACAAAUUUAUGUGUUGAGAAGAAAUGAAUGCAAUUGGAAGUUAUUACGUGGUUUUGAUGAACGUAGAAUGUGCUACCAAAGAAAAAAAUACUUUUUUAUGGAAUACUAGGAUGAACAAAAUCCUGUGUAACGUUUUUUUUUUACAUUUUCUUUUUUUAUAUAUACUUUGAUAGACAAAGUUAUACAUGUGGAAAGAAUUAUUAUGGCCUGAUUCUUCAUUUUGAACAAUAUAACAAUUUUGCA